CUGAAACUAGAAAUUUUCUUCAAAGCACUGGACUUUCUUCGCUUAACAAUACUAGUUGGUUUUUUCUAAUUCCAAGUUAAUCGAUUAUCAUCUAUUCUCAGCUCAAUAUGAAUUAUGAUGAAAAUCAGUUGAAUGAGGAUUUGCAAGAGGUGAAUAAUGUUUCCCCUGAAAAUAAUUUGUCUGAAGAUCUAAUAAGUAAUCACUCAUAUGAAUAUGAUGAUGAUCAAUCGGAUGAGGAUUUUUAUGAGGAUCUAGAUCAGUUAGCUGAGGAUAUUCAUCGGUAUCCGAGAAAUCUGCAGCAGAAUGAUCAUCUAAAUCGGUUGAACGAGGAUAUUCAUGAGUAUGAGAGGCAUCUGCAGCAGAAUGAUCAUCUAGAUCAUCAGUGGAAUGGAGUUUUUUAUGGGCAUAGGAGGAAUUUGCAGCAGAAUGAUCAUCAGCGCAAUGAGGUUUUUUACGGGCAUACGAGGAAUCUGCGGCAGAAUAAUCAUCUAUAUCGGUUGAACGAGGAUAUUCAUGAGUACGAGAGGAAUCUGCAGCAGAAUGAUCAUCUAGAUCAUCAGUGGAAUGGGGUUUUUUAUGGGCAUAGGAGGAAUCUGCAGCAGAAUGAUCAUCAGCGUAAUGGGGUUUUUUAUGGACAUAGGAGGAAUCUGCGGCGGAAUGAGCAUCUAAAUUGGUUGAAUGAGGAUAUUCAUGAGUAUGAGAGGAAUCUGCAGCAGAAUGAUCAUCUAGAUCAUCAGUGGAAUGAGGUUUUUUAUGGGCAUAGGAGGAAUCUGCAGCAGAAUGAUCAUCAGUGCAAUGGGGUUUUUUAUGGGCAUACGAGGAAUCUGCGGCAGAAUGAUCAUCAGUGCAAUGGGGUUUUUUUAUGGGCAUACAAGGAAUCUACAGCAGAAUGAUCAUCCGUGCAAUGAGAUUUUUUAUGGACAUAGGAGGAAUCUGCGGCAGAAUGCAAAUUUUUAGCAUUCUUACCGUUGUUUUUCGGUCUCAUAUCUCGAUAGGGUAUGUCAUCAGAUGGUUUUCAAAUAUAAGCAUAGAUCAUCUUUGUAAAAUAUUCAAUAAUACUGAUUCUUUCUUUUCUGAUUUUUUGCAACCAAUUUUGGAAUGUGGUGAUAAAAGUAUGUGCACUAACAUCUUACUUGGUUACAUUUUAUUCUUUUGUAUCAAUCAUCAAUUAUUGUGAUAAUUUCAAU